GUGCUGUGAAGGCAUCCGGGUCCAGUGGAGCCAGGUCAUCUCCGUUCGUCCAAUAGCAGCGAUGGACUCCAUGUCCAUGAGCGGUGGGCGGAGCCCCGUCUUCCUCACGGCCUCGUCGUCUCAGCGCCUCCACCGCGGCGGCCAGGCCGUGCAGAACGGGCUGGGGGGCGUGGACCGUCCCGUCCAGCCCACUGUGGCCGUCCUGGGCUCGGGGGACUUCUCCAGGUCCCUGACCAUGCGUCUGCUGCACCGCGGCUUCCAUGUGGUGGUGGGCAGCCGCCAGCCCAAGAUGGCCGCCCAGUCCUUCCCUCAUGUGGUGGACGUGACGCACCACGAGGACGCCGUGGCCAAGGCCGCCAUCGUGUUCCUGGCCAUCCGCAGAGAGCACUACCCGGUCCUGUGGGACCUCAAACACCUGCUGGAAGGGAAGAUCCUGGUGGACGUGAGUAACAACCGCAGAGUGAACCAGUACCCCGAGUCCAACGCAGAGUACCUGGCAUCACUGCUGCCACAGUCCACGGUGGUCAAAGGCUUUAAUGUCAUCUCAGCCUGGGCCAUGCAGCAGACCAGCCCUAUGGACGCAAGUACACAGAUACACACACAUGCAGCAGACCAGCCCUAUGGACGCAAGUAA